GUAUUAAAGGGAAAUUAUUCUCUGAGAGCUAAUCGGAAGUAACCUACAUAGAUAAAACUAUUUAGGAGUGAUCUUCUGAGACCCACUGAUCCGUAACAAAGGCAAGUUUUUGAAAAAAUUAGGCCAUCGCCAGUCCAAAACGCCAAUUUAACCAAAAAACCGCUAGCAGCAAAGUAGGUUAGAGGUGCUUACGUAAGCUUGUAAUUGCAUUAUAUACCUACCUACGUUCUCUUUACGUUCAUAGUAAAAUACCUAAACAUUUGACAUCUACUUUUUAGUAACGCUAUCUCGCUCCCUCACUCUGGGGAUUAUUGUUCAUGGAAUGCGCGCGUCGGCUAGUCUCGCUACACGCGGCCGUAAGGAGCAUAAUUGAAAACAAGUUUGGUAUAAUAAACCUUAUUUGCCACAGCAUAAGGUCUGUUUUAUUAAUAUUGUUAAGUUGAAACCACCUUACAGUAACGAGAACUGUGUAGCGAGACUAGUCAUAGUGACUACUUUGUAAAAGUACAUUCAUAAAUUAUUAUUAAGUUAGCGGUGUUUUAAUUUUUAAAUCAAUUUCUGCAGUAGGCAGAUAACUAGAGAUGAUUGGAUUUUUAGAUGACAUAAUAGAAUGAUUUUUCUGAGCACUUUCAUGCAGUUUCUAGGUUCUAAACUAUACCUAAAUCAAAAGUCCUUGAGAAGUAGUCUCGUGGGGAGUGCGUCGACGUCAUCGUAAGAACUUUUUGUAGGUAUGUAUAGCUGAAAGCAGCUGUUUGAUUGGCUAACAAAGCCUCGUCGGCGGCCAUUUUGUCGAGCUGAGUCACCAAAAGGUGAAAAAUGUACAUGAAUUGAUGCGCACUCCCCACGAGACUACAUUACGGUAUUGGGCAUUUCCCUGAACAGAACACAAAAUUUGGGUUUCAUGUUCCUUACCUACCACAGCGUGUCUUGCUGAAAUUAUUUUUCCAAGUUAUUGAUAAGUUUAUACAAAUAAAAAAAGUACUGAUAACAAUAUAAUAAUCACCGGAAAACAGUUUGAAAAAGUUUGUUUGCGGCUACAGUAAAUAAACUUCAGUUUUCCGGCGGCAACCAUCGACCCUCGUCACAUGGUGGACGGAUCCGAGUUUUGUGAAGACAGUGCAAAGUGUUUUCAUGAAAAAUAAUUGUUAUCAAUCGAAACUGCUGCAACUGUCAAAACGGUGAAGUGAUAAGUUUAUGUCACGAUCAGCAAGUGCGAUUGUUUACGUGCAUCGUCAUGACUGAAAAGUGCUAGCGGAUCUUCGCAGGAUGUAGUCCUGAGUCGUGAUGUCCUGUGCUGCUACCGUGGAAGUGUCGUUUUGAAAGCAGCCUUGAAGAGUGCGUUUAACGCCGCCAACAUGACGGACCCGGCGGUCAAGGUGAAGACGGAGCGGCCCGAUGAGGCCGAAAUCAGGGAGUUGGCCGCCAAAAUGGUGGAGGCCAACAAGGCGAAGGCGCUGGCGGCUUCGGUGGCGGCCGCUCGGCCUCCGCCCGGCGCGCUGGUGGGCGUGCCGCCGGCGGGCGCGGGAGGCCAGAUGGGCAUCCUGAACUUCCUGACGCGGAAGCCCGGCGCGCCCGCGGCGGCCGACGCGCGGCUGGCGCCCGACGCCGACAAGAAGAGCCCGACGCCCGACGAGGCCAGCUGGAAGGGCCACUUCGGCUGGGACAUGCUGGGCAAGUGUCACAUUCCCUACAUCUACCGCUCCGGCGAGAAGUACGUGGCGGUCCGGAUGGUGGAGAUUAAACUCCUCAACAAGUACCUGAACUACCUUCACGCGGACAUCUACUCGUGUACCUGCAUCAGGAGCUACUACAUCACGGAGGUGGAGUCGCGACUCCUGAACGAAAUCAACAACAGGCAUUGUGACGGCCAGUUUGGCCGGGAACCUUUCACUCAAAAGGACCUAGUGGUGCGGUUAAUGGACGCGUAUGAGUUUUACAAUUUCCUAGAUGUUUGUUAUAAUAAGUUAUUAAGGGGCACAACUAACAAUAAAGACAAGUGUGGGUUUAUUCGUAUAAAUAAGGAAUCUGUGGUUCCGUAUACAGUGAGAGACAAUCAAAAGUUUGUGCCGUUGUUCUAUUUUGAAGGUGAAACUGACAAUUUGAAAUUAAAGGCUGAUCAGUUGAAAGGCUGGGACUUAUCGUACCUUAAGUUUUGUUGUAAAGUGCAGGGGAUAAGGAACGAGCUGUUUGCUAGUGAGACGUGUUCAGUGAUAAGUUUGUCGGACAUUAAGAGCUACUUCCCUCCGGGGACGGAGUUCGAGGAGUACUGGCCCAACAAAGUGGUUGACUCACAGCUGCUUAUCUCGGCAAAAGGAUCAGUCGCCGGCGGCGGGCAAUGGACGCGGGCGCCGCCCGCGCCGCCCCCAGGAGGCGUCGGCGGUGUGGGUGUGGGCGUGGGAGGCGCUGCGAGCAUGGGCGUCGGGACGGCGUCCACGCGUGGGCGCCGGCCGGGCUCCCAACGACACUCCCCGGCCUCGGCCGCCAUGCAAAUGCCCCACGCGGCUAGCAUAUCCGCUGCAGCAGUACAAGCCCUGGCCAACGGCUGGAGCCUCCCCGGGACCCUCACUCAAGCGCAAACGCAGCACGUGUUGCGGCUUGCUCAGGCGCAAGUGGCAGCGCAGGCACAGGCGGCGGCGCGGUACAGCAACGCGGCCAUCGCCGCCGCCGCCGCCAUGCCGCAGCACCGCUCGCAGCAUCAGAGGAAUAACCAGUUUCCGAACAGUGCAAUAACAAUGGCGAUGGGCCAGCAGCACCCUCCACCUCUGGUGAGGAGCUCAGCCAACACAUCGACAAUGAACGUGCCGUCGCAGGUGACUGGGACAAUGAAUGGCCACUCAACCUCUCACUCCGUCGACAGCCGCAAAAGGCUUACAGCGAUACCAGAUAUUCACAUUACUGGCAACCAUACGCCGUAUAAGGUUCAGAAAGCGUUAGUGGAGAACACCAUGGUGCCGUGCAUCAACGCCAAGCCCUACCAGUACACCGAACUACUCAUGACGCUGCCCGACCUGGCCAGCCACUUCUUCCCGCGCGUGUCGCUCACCACCUGCCGCGCCAUGCUCGACGCGCUCGGCCUCACGCUCUUCCGCCCCAACCAGUCAGUACCCGCACUAGCAGUACAGUACACAGUCACCGGCGGUACAGUACACGGUCACCGGCCGCUCAUGACGCUGCCCGACCUGGCCAGCCACUUCUUCCCGCGCGUGUCGCUCACCACCUGCCGCGCCAUGCUCGACGCGCUCGGCCUCACGCUCUUCCGGCCCAACCAGUCAGUACCCGCACUAGCAGUACAGUACACAGUCACCGGCGGUACAGUACACGGUCACCGGCCGCUCAUGACGCUGCCCGACCUGGCCAGCCACUUCUUCCCGCGCGUGUCGCUCACCACCUGCCGCGCCAUGCUCGACGCGCUCGGCCUCACGCUCUUCCGGCCCAACCAGUCAGUACCCGCACUAGCAGUACAGUACACAGUCACCGGCGGUACAGUACACGGUCACCGGCCGCUCGUGACGCUGCCCGACCUGGCCAGCCACUUCUUCCCGCGCGUGUCGCUCACCACCUGCCGCGCCAUGCUCGACGCGCUCGGCCUCACGCUCUUCCGGCCCAACCAGUCAGUACCCGCACUAGCAGUACAGUACACAGUCACCGGCGGCACAGUACACGGUCACCGGCCGCUCAUGACGCUGCCCGACCUGGCCAGCCACUUCUUCCCGCGCGUGUCGCUCACCACCUGCCGCGCCAUGCUCGACGCGCUCGGCCUCACGCUCUUCCGCCCCAACCAGUCAGUACCCGCACUAGCAGUACAGUACACAGUCACCGGCGGUACAGUACACGGUCACCGGCCGCUCAUGACGCUGCCCGACCUGGCCAGCCACUUCUUCCCGCGCGUGUCGCUCACCACCUGCCGCGCCAUGCUCGACGCGCUCGGCCUCACGCUCUUCCGCCCCAACCAAACCCAACUGCAAGUGCUGCGCAACUCUGGCAAGUGCAAAUCGGCGGCCGCCGGCGAGAACGGCAUGGCGCUCGUUCAGAUCCGUGACGUCAUGCAACACAUGCCGCAGUUCAAGUACAUGCUGCGGUCCGGGCUGGCCGCCGACGACUCCCCGCUCGCGCCGCUGGCACCACGCCCCGCCCACGCCCACGCCCAGUCCCACGCCCCGCCCCACGCUAAGCGAGCGCGCGCCAACUGAGAGACGAGCCCACGUGAUCAAGCGCUCCGGGAUCAUGAUUACUGCCUUCGCGCGCCGCCUGUUGAACUGUCCCCUGAAGUCAAAGUGAAACUCGAAGUCAAAAUUUCUUUAUUUCGUUUAGACCAGUGUUUUUCAACCUGUGGGUCGCGACCCCCUGGGGGGCCGUGAAGCCUUUAUAAGGGGGUCGCGAGAGGUCUUAAAAACUACCUCAGUAAAAAAACAUUAUCUUUAUCCGAAAUCUAAUUAUGCAAAUGCAUAAAAAAAUGUUGUAUGGAUUGAAGUAUUCGGUCCUUAUAAACGUCUUUGUAACAUUAUAAAAUGCAUGAAAAAAAAGCGAACAGUCGGGGGGUCGCCAAAUAUUUUUUCAUACUAAGGGGGUCGUGUUAUGAAAAAGGUUGAAAAACACUGGUUUAGACUAAUAAAUAGUUCUUACAAAUCGUCAUUUUGCUCUUACGGAGCAUCUACAUCAGGGUUUCCCAAUUUUUUUUUGCCAAGGAACCUUAAUUGAUUAUACUUUUCCUAGCGGAACCCCCGCACUAUUCCGCCCGCACGCCCUGCCCCUCCCUUGUGCGUAAACAAGUCGGUGCGCGCGAACAACGUCGGUCACGAAACGUGGAUAAUAUUUUUUACGGAACCCUUGCGGCCUUUCCACGGAACCCCAGGGUUCCGCGGACUACCUUUCGGGAACCGCUGCUCUACAUGUUUCAUAAUCUUUUUGCCCUACCAGCGCUUCGACACCAACAUUUGGCAAGUGCUGAGAAGAAGCCGCAACAAACUCACCUACUGCUGCAUCCCCCGGCAGAGGGCCGUAAGAUCGUAUCUCACGUGACCGUGUCGCAUCACAAUAAAGCUGAUUGGAAACUGCGGCUGGAGCGCUCUUAAUGGCUGUACACUACACCACGUGAUUGUGCAUUACGAGAACAUGAUCACCAACUGAACCGCACUACCCCACGGCUGCAUCUCGCGGCAGAGGGCCGUAAGGAUCGUACCUCACGUGACCGUGCCGCAUCACAAUAAAGCUGAUAGAAAACCGGGGAGUGCUGUUAACGGCCGCACACCACGUGAUUGUGCAUUACGAGAACACGAGUACUGCCUGUGCGAAAUCAACUGGACCGCACAACCUCGCGGCUGCAACCGUGACAGAGGGCCGCGUCAUUACAGAACUGCAGAACCUACUACACAUCACGAAAAUACGGCCGAUGCGCGCGCCAUCUAAAACAGUUCCACUGCGCGAUUAUGUCGCUUUAUAUGACCAUGCAGCUGAUUGAACCCCUCGGCAGCUGGAGUACUAUAGUAACGACGUGGUCGUGCUGCUUUACAAUAGUAUACAAUCCGGCGCGUGCGCCUAAACUGCACAAUUUAAGUUGGCUACAGAAGGAACCCUAGUGAUCUGAUAAGAAGGAUAUGAAAAGGCUUUAUUAAUUACAUAGUGUGGCAGGUGUCGUGGCGAAUAAUAAGAACUAAAAUAACAUCAAUGACUGGAGUGUCCUCAUAAUCCGCUGUCAAGUUAUGUUCUGUAUAGUUUAAAAAUUGGACUAUCUGACAAACAUUGAACUUUCUACAUAGGUGUAGUAAAAAUAUUUUCCACUAAUGAAAGACUUAGCAAAUUGUAAUGUAAAUGUGAAAUUGUCAGAUAUAGAUGUGCUUCCGUAGCUGUGAAUAUCACAAGUGAUCCUUAUCAAUGUUAGAGGUAUUGUGUCGGCCGUCACCGGCUGAGUGUUGCACGGGCUACCAUAGUGUUAAUGUCAAUUUCCACAAUGCUGUACAAAAUGUAUGAUACCUUAAUGUAAAUGGGAAGAUCUAAUUUAUAUGAUCAAUGAUAACUAUUUAAUAGAAGACUGAGAUUUUAUUUUAAAUUAUUUUGUAAUCAAAAAAAGUAUAGAAAGUUGUGAAUGCUAAUAUUUUAGUUCAAUAAUAUCAGAGUGUUUCGAUGGUACAGAGUUUCUUUUGAGUAAGUCUUGGCAUUGUAUGUACAAUAUUUUGUAAAUAGGUAGAUGUGCGUGUAAAGUUAAACUGCAUUUUCACAGUAAUGUGAUUUCAAGCAAUACAUUUGAUAUGUACCUAUUGUAAAAUAACUCUUAAAUUUUAGUGUACUAAAAAUAAGUAUUAUUUUCGAAUUCUUAAGACGCUUAUAAAUUAUCAUCACAAUUUUAAUAAGUCUUCAAUUAAGUCACAAGUAUGUAGGCGAAUAUUAGGAUACUUUAUAUUAUUUGAGCUACAUCGAAAACUUAUCUAUACUGAUUGGCCAUAACGUGAUCACUUGCUGCUUGAUACAAUUAUUUUAACUCAUUAUCUAAAAAGAUUUAGAUUUGAGACAUACCAGUGACAAAAAAAUUAGUUGAACUAAUGAUAAUUUAGCUAUCAUUUUUAAAGGAAAUUUGUUCCUGAUACACUUUUUCUGUGAAUGUAUACGCUAGACAAAGUCUACAAAACUGUAAAACAGAUCCAAUGCUGAAGUUUUUAUGUAAGUUCAAAAAUUAUAAAUUUUGGCUACUUGAGCUUCGGCUUGUGGAUAUACAGGGAGUCUGGUCGCACGACGUGUGGAGAAUUGAACAAAGAUUUUUUAAUUAAUUAACGAAAUUAAAAUUGUCUUCAUCUUUUAAGAAAUAAAAUACUUUAUAUUGUUAGGAUCUUUACGCAUGUCUGUCGUUCGACCAGUCAACCUGUAUUUUAGUGUUAAUUUAGAAUUUAUGUUCUACUUUCGAUAAUUAAGUAUCUUAAAACUAAAACACUUUGGACUGCACAUGUAAUUCUAAAAAUGUGGAAUCGAAAAUUUUCCAUACUUUUGAUACAAAGAAGUGUUUUGUAAAAAUGUAACUGAAUAUUUUCGUCGUUUGGAAAUGCUUGCUUACUUAAUUUGUUCUUCAGGUGAUGUCCCUAACAUUUUGUAGCAGUACCUAUUUGAAUGUUGGACAUUACUUGUGGUUAUUUUCUAUGGUUCAUCAAAUCUUGAUACAGUCUGUUCUUUUUUCUAAAAUUAAUUUAUGAUUGUUUAGACAACAAUUAAAAUCUCAUUGUAACAAAUUGAGGGUACUUUUGUUGGAUAGACUACGAAUUUCAAACACGUACUUGCUUUCUUAAUUCCUAACAUUAGUACUGUGAAUCGGGAAUCCAACGUACUUGACAAUGGCUAUGUAUAGCGAAAAUGCAAAUUUAUUUUAUUUAAUCCUUUUGUAAAUUUUAUAAUCGCUGAUUAGGCCUCUAGAGUUGCUAUACAAUCAAAAUUUUAGAUGUAACAUUUAUUGUAUGCAGAGCUGUGUACGCGUGGUAUGUUAAUUUAUUUAUGACAUAGCUGUAAGUAACAGGAUAUAAAAUUAUAUCAGAUGUAAAUUGCAGUUUUACGCAAUAGCUCUUCAAGCAAUGUCCAUUUGGACUGUUCGAUUCUGUAUUUAAACAAAUUAAAGAAAAGGAUUCUUAUAA